AUGCGCGGUCUCCUCGCGGCCCCUCGUAACGUAGACGCCUGUUACCAUGGCCGCGAGGCCUCAGGACAACGCGCCGCUUUCGCCGUUACCAUGGCGACGGCGAGGCCUUGUUUACUCCCGCGGUUUCUACGGCGCCGCGGAGCUGACCGGGCCCGAGGGAGAGGAAACAUGACGGCGGAGCUACUCCGGGCUCUGCGUGGUGGGCCAGGGACUCGCUGCCUGUCGCUGAAGGCGCGGGGGCUACGCCGCCUGCCGCGGGGGUUGGGGACGAUGAAGGGCCUGGAGAGACUGAGCUUGCGGGACAACAGCCUGCGCCGGCUGCCUCAGGAUAUGAAGGCUCUGGGCCGGGUGAGGCGGCCCAGCAGAUCCUGCGGUCGACUAAGAGGAUUCUGCGCCAUGGGGCUCCAUCCCUCCAUCUCUGGAACCACUAGGGUUGCCACCUUUCAGCCCCACCCCCCCAGCCCUGCUCCUGUGCUUUUUUGACAGCGCCUUUCCCACCGCGUUAUUUAGCCUAUGAACCUAGCAUGAAAAUAAAGUGGUAGUUUUCUUCCCUCAGCUGCUGGUAAAGAGACAGUGCAAGGUGUGGGGGGCAUUUGGCAGGCUGGUCAGGACCUGUUCAAAAGCCAUCCCUAUAGGUCUAGGUUAAGGUUACCAGAUUUUUUUCAGUGAAUCCGGGGACACUUUUCAACUUCAGUAGAUUCUGUAUGGGGACUGAUUUGUAAAUCGGGGGACUGUCCCCGGGAAACAGGGACAUCUGGUAACCGUAGUCUAGGUCCACGGUGGUUCCCAACCUUUUUUAGGCCAUGCCCCACCUAAGCAUCUCUAAAAUCCUGACACCCCCCUCCCCGGUGACAUAUAAUUCUUCUUAUUCAAAAAGUGAACUCCUAUUCACGUGGAGGAAGCCAAAAAGGCCAUUAACUGUUAAUAACUCAUUCUUGAAUUGCCCCCCUUAAAAAUCAAAUUGCCCCCCUGUAGACCCUGUUGAGAGCCACAGGUCUAGGAUAAGCUGUCCAGGGCAAUCAUUACUACUGUACUCAGGUGGCUUGGGAUCUCUGUUCUGCAUUGCUCAGCAAAGAUGGGGGUGGGGGUGAAAUCUUCAUUGGGGAAAAAAUAGUACAAAACAUCAUCCUAGGGCAGGCAUGUCCAACAGGUAGAUCGUGAUCUACUGGUAGAUCAUUGGACAUCUGUGGUAGAUCACCGGUAGAUCACAGGCUCCCCCCACAGAACAACUUUGGCUCUGCUAAAAAAAAAAGCUGAACAACUUAGAGCUGAACCCCUAAAAAUGGGGUUUCCCUCCUCCCUAAAAAAACUCAACAACUUUGAGCUGAACCCCCCCAAAACGGGGGUAGAUCACUGACAGAUUUUAAUUCAGAAAGUAGAUUGCAGCCUCUUGGGAGUUGGCCACCCCUGUCCUAGGGUUUCCAGUUGUGUUGUGGGCUUUUAAAACAAGAGGAACACGUGGUUCUUCUGUAAGUGAGAUUGGGCUUGUUCCUUCCGAAAAACCUUUUUUUAGAGCAUUUGGGAACUGUAGUGCAGCUUUCUUUGAACAAUUCUGUGAUUUGUCUUUGCGACAAAAUUUUAUGCCACUAUCAAGUUUUAGAUUUCUAAUGGAAAGGUAAAGAUGCUAUAAUCUUCAUGGUUAUAAAUAGAGGAUGCAAGUGUUCAAAGAUAACACUUUCAGGCUCCAUUGGUUUCAGUGACAGAGAUUUAAGAGCUUUUUAAAAGCUCUGCUUUACCUUUAGAAUCAAUGGGGGUUAAGGGUGCACAGCGUUUAACUGGACAAUGCCCUUAGUUUCUGGGUUAUUUAUCAUAUUAAAUUAGGAGAGAACUGGGAUCAAGUAGAAGGCAUUGACUGAACAGCUGGAUUGGGGGUGGAGGGAAGGGAAUAGUUCUUUACAUCUUUCAAUCUAAGCCUUUAUUUUUUAUGGGUCAUAAAAGUGGUUAUGGAACUUUUUAUGACGGACUGAAACUUGGCAGUAGUAUAAUUCAACCUGGGACUAAUAUGCACUUUUUAAAACAACAUUUUAAAAAUGUUCUGGGAAAACUCAAAUUACUUCAAAAUACUUUCACAAAGCCCCAUGACUGUGGCACGAAAGUGUGUAUUUUUCCACAAUUGUAAAAUAUUUAUACUUCAUGCUGAAAGCAGUGUUGUUGAAAGUGCUGGCUAUACCACAAUACAUAAUUAUUUUGAGUAGCACUGUGCCAGCCUCUCUUCUCGGAAUGGGUGCAGUCCUAUCAUGCUUUCUCCUUUGGCAUAAUGGCAUAUGGUGGAUUUGUAUGGAGAAGUAUUUGGUUCUCUUUGCUUCUUCCUAACUCAUGUUUUGGAAGAGAAAGAGAUACUUGUCUCAUCAUUUCAGGAUGCAGUUUCUGAUAGGAUUCCAGGCCUACUGUUUAAAGAAGGAAAAGUUAAAAUUCCUAGUGAGUGUAUUCAAACUCUUGGGCACAACUAAAGCAAGUAACUUGGAUGGAUCAAACCUAGUUCAACCAGCUCUGUAUAGCCUAACUAAUUAAAAUCACAGCAUAUUACAGACAGAAAGGAGAAUUAGUGCAGAAAAGUGCUUACUGAGAAAAUGGCAAAACCACAUUCUGUAGCAUAAGGUACAUUGCAAAAGCACAGUGUGAUCUGGUGAAAUAUGCUAUUUUAAAAAUAAUAUUGGAUUUAGGGUAUUUAUUUUCUUAGUUUUCAAAUAAGAAACUGAUUAUAAUGGACUGAAACUGACUAGAUUUCCUCAUGUACAAACAUGAGCUGUGACUGUUGUCAUAAAAAAGAAUGGAGAUUUAGGAUUCUAGAAGCCCAGCAAUACUACAACAGGAUGUUGUGUAGCAUAGUAGUGUCUUAAUAAUAUGUUUGUGAGUGUGUGUGUGUGUGUGUGUGUGUGUGUGUGUUUGUUUGAGGGGGUUUACACGGUGCUGAACAUUAUAUUUGGAAUUAGGUUCCAGUAUUACUGGGUAUGUUUUCAGCUUUAAGUUAGUAUUUAAUAGCAUGCAUUUAAGUAAAUGCAUUAAGUAAAUUUAAGUAAAUGCAUUAAGUAAAUUCGAAAGCACGCAGUGCAAGUAGAUAAAUAGGUACCGCUCCGGCGGGAAAGUAAAAGGCAUUUCCAUGCACUACUCUGGUUCGCCAGAAGCGGCUUUGUCAUGCUGGCCACAUGACCUGGAAGCUGUACGCCGGCUCCCUUGGCCAGUAAAGCGAGAUGAGUGCCGCAACCCCAGAGUCGGUCACGACUGGACCUAUUGGUCAGGGGUCCCUUUACCUUUACCUAUUUAAGUAAAUGAAUACCAUCUAGGCUCAGGCCAUGCUUUGGGGCUUCCCAUAUGCAUAUGGUUGGCUGCUGUGAGAACAGGAUGCUGGACUAAUUGGACCAUUGGUUGAUCCAGCAGACUCUUCAUAUGUGCCUGAUGUUUUGAUGAAAGAAAUGAUGCAAGGCUGUUUAAUUAAAUAUUUUAUUAUAGUUGAAGGUACUAAAUUUGGGAAAUAAUAAUUUUGAGGAGGUUCCAGAGCAGCUGAAAUACCUCAAGUCUUUGCAGACUCUUCAUUUGUUUAGAAACAAGAUCACCAGAAUAUCACCCUUAAUAUUUGGUAAGCUCAUAUCACAUCCUGCUCAAAAUCAUUUUAUUGUGCAGUGUAUAUAAUGUGACAUGUAAUAUAUUCUAUUGUAGAAAUUCUUCUCCAUAAAAACUUACAGUUGAUAAAUCAUGUUUCUGAAUCUAUGCUUGUUAUCUCAUAAACAAGCACCAUUGUAUUAAAUGGGACUUACUUCCAGUUUUUAAUUAAAGCGCUUUUACCCAACCCUUCAGCCAAUGGAGGACCUACAGAUAUUCAUAAUAUGACAGCCCCUCCUCUCCUCUUUUCAUGUUGACAAUCUGAAAGACAAGGCACAGCAGGAAAAGUCAUUCAGAGGGGAAAGGAUUGUAGCAUCAGUGAAUCAAAUUGAAUAAAUCUGUGUAUGAGCAAACCCUAAUAGUUUUGGAGAAAAUACACUCUUUUUAGGUGAUGUAUACACAUAGUUGUAGAAGAUACCAUCUUAGAAAAAAACAUUUAUUCUUUUGAGAUAAGGCAAAUUUCUAAGAUGGUGCCAGUCUUCUAUGACACUUUUUAAGGAGUCUACGUUUAAAUGUUUUUAAUAAUCUUAUUAAACAUUGUAACCCUAAAUAGUCUCAGUUCCCCAAAUGUAUGGUGUUUGUAAUUAUUAUAAAUUAAUAUAUAUUAAUAUAUAUGUAACUGCAUGGGGACGCGGGUGGCGCUGUGGGUAAAACCUCAGUGCCUAGGACUUGCCGAUCGUAUGGUCGGCGGUUUGAAUCCCCGCGGCGGGGUGAGCUCCCAUCUUUCGGUCCCAGCUCCUGCCCACCUAGCAGUUCGAAAGCACCCCUAAGUGCAAGUAGAUAAAUAGGUACCGCUUUAUAGCGGGAAGGUAAACGGCGUUUCCGUGUGCUGCGCUGGUGCUGGCUCGCCAGAGCUGGCCACGUGACCCGGAAGUGUCUGCGGACAGCGCUGGCUCCCGGCCUCUUAAGUGAGAUGAGCGCACAACCCUAGAGUCAGACAUGACUGGCCCGUACGGGCAGGGGUACCUUUACCUUUAACUGCAUGGGCAAUCAGUGAGAUUUAGGCUGCUUAUGACAUUGUAGCCAAGUCAACAAACCUGCUUUCUGUUCUCAUUUUGUUCCCUUGCUGUCAUUCUGUCCACACUGCCCUAGGAGUAAUUUCCCUUUAUUUAGGAGAACUUUCUUGCAAGUAACUGUAUAUAGAACUGGACUGUUAUUGUUCCUGUUCCAUACGGUGGAUUAUCCUAUCAUUGAUUCCCAUGACUCUGCCCUGUCACCUCCCUGAGGAGAUACUUCCUUGAUCUCCUUUGGCAACACUUCAUAUUCCCCUUGAAACCGUGUACUGUACUUACCUAGUAACCAAAUGGAAUGAUCACCCAUGUUACAUUGUUGAUCAAUAAAAACACACACACUGUAAUGACAAAAAUGGAAUGCAAUGACAUUAAAAUGCAUAUUCAGGUCUAUAUAGAUAAUAUAUACUUUAUCUUAAAACUGUCUUUACAGAUGGAUUGCAAAAUUUAGUACUCCUCAAUCUGAACAACAACCAACUUCGUUAUCUUCCUCCAGAGAUACAAAGGUAACUACUAUAAUUUUGAAGUUUUACCUAAGCUGCCUAUACCAUUAUUUGUUAGUAUGAGACAUAGCAUUUGCCCAUGUUUAUCUGGGCAGAAGGUGUGAUAUAUUCCUUAAUACUGAAUGGCAAAAACAAUAAAAUAUAGCAAGUUAUAUGCCUUAUUUUGGUUCCACACUUCACACUUUUUGGACAAUAGCAGCAGAAAAAAUAAAAUAACACCAGUGCCCUCCCCAGUCAUCCAUUAUACUUUUCUUUUGUUUGAGACUCACUAGCUGUACUAAAAAUUGCUUCUGUUCUGUCCACGUUAGUGUUACAUCAGGUAGACCCAAGUUCUCAUUUAGUCACAUUAGGAUUGCAAAAAGGCUCCUAUAGAAAUCUUAAGCUAGAUAUUUAAACAUAAUGUUUUGUAGUAUUGUACGCUUCAUAGGGUUUAGGUUCCAUCCCUGUCAGCAGCCAUUCCUUUAUUAUUAUAUAUUUAUUUAUACCCCACUUGUUUCCUUGAUGGGAAUCAAGGCAGCUUACAAAUAAAAACAAGAAUCACUAAAAAUAUAUAGAAAAACAACAAUAAUUAAAAACAAUUAAACAUUUAAAUAGAAAUAAAACCAUAUACAGUACAUAUAUAAAAUUUGUUUUAAACAUACAAAUAAUUACAGCACCAGCCCUUUCAUUCAAAACAGUCAAUUCCCAAAAGCCUGUUCAAAGUAGGUCUUCACCUGCUGGCAGAAGGACAACAUUGAGAAGGCCCUUUCCCAAGUCCCCAUUCCUUGAAACAAUGCCAGGCCUACUUGCUCUUUUGAUGAUAAACAGUUACUUAUUUGGCUGCUACAUCUUCAGUUGAUUGUGCUUAGUUACAGGGUUAACUCUUACCUAUGAGAAAUAGGUUAACUCUUACCUAUGAGAAACAUAACUCUGACCUAUGAAUUAAAAACUACCACAUUAAUUUUGAGUUUUAGUGCUUUUUUCUAUACCUUUAUUGGCAGUAAGGUGAUUGAGGUACAUUCACUUGAUAGACUAAUUAACAACUUUUAAUCCUGUUUUGUAUUAAAAUCUAUCUAGAUGCAGAUGUGUAGACCAACAUUCACUGGUAAACAUACAAAAGAAAAAUAGAGUUGGAGGCUUGGAAUUCUUUGUUCCUUUCAUAGGCUUGAACAUCUUGAAUGCUUGAGUUUAGACAAUAACCAGCUGCAAAAAAUUCCCAAAGAAUUCUGUUAUCUCCGAAAGUUGUGUGAACUCCAUUUGUUCAACAAUUCCAUCACUGCGCUCCCUGAAGAGAUUAAAUACCUGAGAAAACUCAAGAUCUUGAUUUUGGCAAGAAAUCAAAUAGAAGAACUUCCUGAUGUGAGUAGUGGUGUGCUUUGAAAACUGUCUUCUUGAGACCAAUACAAAAGUCAUAAGCAGUUUGUACAGGGAUUAAAAAUAAUAAAAAAAUUAACCACCUUGUGUUGUGCAGACGGUUUAUAGCCAGUUAGCACAUCAUGGUAAGCCAUAGUUAAUGGUUUACUGUGUGUGCACCUUAGCUGAUUUGCUCUUUCCUGCUCACACUGGGAAGAAGCAAGCCACAAUCCCUGACUUAACAUUACAUCUGAACCAGUGAUCAUGCUUUAUUUCACUCCCAGCAAACAACAGUCAGUAAACCAAGAACCACCCGUGCCUAUAACUACUACUACUACUGCUGCUGCUGCUACUAAGAGUAGAAUUUAGUUAGCUACAACCUAGAAUCUGUUAUGUGUUGCUAAACUAAGAAGGUGGAGGGAAUUCAUAUAAGCACAUUAUUGAUAUUCACCAUAUGGGAAAUGCUCAGCCCUGAAAAUACCCUAACAUUACAAUAUAUCAAGAAUUACUAUGGGUGGAUUAAAGGAAAAUACAUUUUGCUUUGGAUGGAACCUCACCUUGCCUUUCUGCUUUGCUGCCUGCUAUGCCCAGAAUUGCUUUCCAAAAUAUCACUGUGAUAUUGUGUUUCUCUUCCUUUAAAUCCCUCCUUUUCUUUGAAGCCUUUAGCAGAACCACCUAGUUACCAUUCACUACUGAAACUAAGGGCUUGUCCACACUUCCUCUUGUCCCGCUGCUUUCCCCUGGGGAAAACUGCUCUUUAGCGCUCAGUCAGAGCAAAUGGCAAUUUGGGUUUUCCCUGGUUUGCUAUUUCUUCCAGUCUAAGCGGGUUUUCUCUUGGAAAGGAGUGGGGCAAGGGGAAAACCACCCGGACCCAUGCCUAGUAACCACGAGUCAAGCAGAAAACUGCUUGGACCCAUCCUUUCCAGGCAUGGCAUAAGCAGAAGUGUGAAUAAGCCCUCUGCCUAAGUAAGUGCAAAUAACCUACAUACAUAUUCUUUCCCUAUCUGUCUCACCUCUAUCAUCUGUGUCAUCUUUUGUUACCUUCUGUAUCAAUUUUCAAUUUGUAAAUAUACCCCCAGAGAGGUAAAUAUUCUAAAUUGUUUUAAUACCAACUAAAAUCUAGUCCCUCUUAGAAUACAUUUUCAGCUUUUCCUAUAUGGUUUUUAUUCUCCCACUUCUGACAACUGUUUUAUUUUUGUCCUUUCACUUCUGAUUUCCGAGUCAAUAUAAUUUACUUUAAUGUUGCUAAGGCUCCUUUGGCUUUUACUAAAUUUAUCGGUUUUCACUAGGGACUUUGCAAAUUGAAGAGGCUUAGAGUUCUAGAUGUAGCAGGAAACAAUAUCCAGAUCUUCCCAACAGCAGUAAGUAGGACUAUUAAUAGAUCUCUUCAGUGGAAUAAUCUGUACAUUAUGAAAAUUAGUAAAAUGAAUUUCAGAAACAUGAAGCAGGAAUGUGUUUUUAGUAAUAUGCUUGUAUUAGUUAUAAAAAUGUACCUGAUUUGGAUUCUUGUUUAUGUGGAUUCUUCCUGAACUAUGCUGGGUAGUUGAGGUUCACCCCAAAUUAGCAGGACCUCUACUCAGUUUAGGGGAAUUCUUCCUUCUGCCACCAACCUUUUGUGCCCCAUCCCACCUUGUUCAGAAGGGCCCCCCAACCUACUGGAGAGGCUUUGUGGGUGACACAGGUAGUGCAGGAGGGGGCAGGGAGGAAGGGAAAAUGAAGGGCCAGAAAACUUUCAUUCCAUGACCAUCUUUAACUUACCUUAAGAUCCAUACCAGCAAGAAUAGUCAGAAAAUACUGGGGUGCAGCUGGUUAACAACCGUAUAAUAUGGAUACACAAUAAAAAGUGAUUGAGCAAAGGGUGGCAAUUCUAGUAACUGGAGCAGCAGUCAGGAAAGUUGCCCAAUGUGAAGGGCAGUAUGCCUACAGCUCUCUGGACCCCAACCCUACCCAGUAUAUAGAAAUGCUUACAGAGGAUGUUUGAAUGCAUGCUGCAAUAAUAUCAGCAAACACCUGAGGGCAGCACUACAUAAUGUCACACUGCUCAACUCAGUUUCUUACUAAUACAGAAAAGUUCCCCCGCAGAAAAUAAUUUUCUUGAAUAUUUGAAUGUUCAGUCUUUGCAUACGGUUUCACAAUAUUCCAGUUUAUCUGACCAACAGCUUUUAACCACAAAGUGAUUUCCUACUGCAGGUACAUUACAUGGCAAACUUUUUUUCUUUUUCUUUUUCACAACUACAACUAUGUUUGCUGCUGAAGCAUGGACAGCAUCCCCUUGUGUUCAUGUGUGUUUCAUAUAUUUGUGUACCUGAAUAUAUCACGGCAUUGUUGCAGAAAGCACUCGUUUGAUACCAGCAUUAAAUGUAUUUGAUGUGUAAUGCAAAUAGCUACCAUUAGACAUUAAUGACUCAGCUUCCCUACCAAAAAUGACCCUAAUAUGAGGUAGUGUGUGGUAGCUGCCUAAGGCAAGAGAUAAUAGGUUCCAUUAAAUUUUAGUAGAGUGGAAGGCAGAGGUCUGGCCAAUGGGGCACAAUCUAGGAAAGGGCUUUCUAAGCAACAUCAAGAUGAACAGGAAUGUGAACUAGUACUCUGCAACAUCCAUUCUUUUCAGCUAGGCUUAUACAGGAGAACCUUCUGUUAUUUAGUGUGAAGAAGCGGGCACCAUUUGUGUUUCCUGCUUUGGUCCAGGCCUGUUUCUUUACGUUAGCAAACUCUACCCUGUUGUGUGAAGCAGUGAAUUCAACAUAUCAUGCUGUACUAUAUGUACUAUUCCCGGUGGAAAUAGAAGAGUAGCAUGGUGCAAGUCAUGCGCAAUUUCAGGGGUGUCGAGGCAAACUGAGUCAUUCAUAAUGGAACUAUUAAAAACGAUACUGCUAGCAAAAUAGAAAAUACAUCUUUAACUAGCAACAAACAACUACUGAAGAAGACCAGAAACCAUCUGUAAGCAUAAGAAAACCCGUAUUUAGGAAUUCAGUUUCUGAAACUUGUUUGGAGAUACCCAUCUAUGAAUUCAAGUAAUCAACUUCAAAUUCAAGAUAUACCAUUUAAAUAUAAAGUUUGACUAGGUAUGAUAUGUUAGCAGUACUUUUCUAAAGGGUUAUUUUUAUGGUAUUUGCUUUAUCUACUUCUUUUGAUGAGUUUAUCAUUCAUAAUGGAAGCCACUAUCCUUCCACUUGUUAGAAGUGGCUUUCUAGUCUUCCACCUGACAUCGGUGAUGGACACAAUAAAUUCAUCUCUUCCAUUUGAGAGCAUAGUAGAAAAUACUAGUGUUCUCAUAUGCAUACAUUAUACUUUUACAUGUGCAAAGGCCCUUUUCUGGAUUAUUUUGGCUGUACUUUAAAAAAUUUCAGAAGGAAAAUAUUCAAAAAAUUAUGAAACUCCAAACAAGCAUGUUAUCAAACCAAAUAGAUUUUGGAACUAGAACGCCUUCUUGCACCUAUCAUUUUACAUGUACUAGAAUUAUGUAAAUUAAAAGGAACGAAAGGUUGCAAGUAUUCUGUAAUGUAAACAGUGCGUAUAUUGGCAUAAAAAUAUGGCUCUUUUGAACUAUAAAACUCACCUAAUGGGGUGGGGGGAAUGUAAAGUUUGUCUGUGAGCCAAUUUGUAUUUGGGCAGAAAUAAAGGAUUCAUUUUUUAAAAGGAUAUUUGCAGCCAAACAGACCUAGAUUUAGAAAAGAAUUGAGUAUUUCUCUCAAUGGAAAAAGAAUUGGCACUAUCCACACACAGCUGAGUACAUCUAACUUUUGAAAGGUGGUCUUGAGACUCUAAUGUGUGCAUUAAGAUGCAGUUAGCCCCUAAGUCAGUUUAAGAGGCAGAGUUAAGCACUUCAAUAUUCUAGCAUUUAAAUAAGGGAUUUGAAAGUGUUGAACAUGUCAGUUUUAUGGAUAUUUGCUCUUAAGUAACAUUUUUUUGAGUUCAAUGCAACUUCCUUCUCCCAAGUAAGUAUGCGUAGAAAAAUUCCUUAGAACCAUGUCAGUGCUGUUUAAUUUUGUUACUUUAAAAAAUAUUCAGAGAGUUCUUAUCACACAACUGCCCAGAUUGAAGAAUUGUGCUUGUUGCAACAGUUAACUGCCAUUUAUGCUUUGCUGAAAAUGCAAACAAAUACCUAGCCUUCUAUAUCCUGCUGAGCCUUUUAAAGGAUUGUUGGUAUCAACCUAAAUUUAAGCACUUUUAAGUCCCACUGUUUUCAGUGUUAGCAUAUUAAAAAACUUUUCCAUUGAAAUCAAUGGGCUUUAAGAGUUUUUACUUUGGCUGGAUUAAUAAAUAUCUGCUAAAUUCAUUGUCAUGAACAGCUAGUAGUCAUUUUUUAUGUGGAACCUGUGCUAGCUAUAGAACUCAAGAGUUCCAAACUUACUGAUCUGUUCUUCACUAUAUUUUAUGAGAAUGAAAUCAUCUUUUGACGUUUCUUGUAAAGGAGAUUUUGGAUUACACCUCAGAGAUUCUGUCAUAGUUAUAAUUUGAAAAAAAAAGCUGUAAGAAAGUGAUAUAUUUUUAUGGUGAUUGCUACAAACUAUGUGACCCAGAAUGCAAUUGCCUAUUCACUCAUCUUGCCCUGGAGGUAUGAACUUUUUAAUGUCACAAAAUCUCAAGCUUUCAUUUGUGGAAAGACAAUAAAAGGUUUUACAGAUAUACCAGCUGCACAGAAUUCUCUCUCUGUGUUUAUACGUUUAAUACAGGUGUUCUCAGUAAGUCAAGGUCUUCUAGCUUUGCUUACAUUGAGUAGUUGCUUAUAUAAUAUCAGCAGAAUGGUUAUCUAUCGAUUUACCUAUCUUUGUAUGCUCUAUCUAAUAAAACAUUAGAGUUAGAUAAGCUUAGGUUGUUUCAUGAAACCACAUAGUAUCAAAUUAAGCUAAAUGCAAUAUUAUUAAGCAAAUUUCUAUUAUGCACUUCCUCUCAAAGGAGCCCACUUAAUAUUUGCUUAUGUAGCAUAUGAACUUGUGAUUUAAAAUAAUUUUUACUGAUUUGUCAGUGGGAAGUAUUCAUAGACCAGAAUGUGUAUAAGAGGAAUAGUAAUCAUUACAGAAGUAACAAAGAAUCAGUACCAUUUAUUUCAAGAUGGUUUGUAAAUUACUUAGAGAAAUUUCAUGAAACCAUAAAGAAAAAAUACAUUCUUGGAUGGUUUUCCAGCAAACAGCACAGUGUGUCAGGUCCCUUUGGUAGCUCUAGAAAUCAAGUGUAUUGUUACACUCAGCUUGUUACACAGUUGACAGUGGGGAUGGCCUAACUAUGAAUAAUUUCUUCCAGAUCCAUUUGAAUAGCUUUUUGUCCCUGGUCUAGUUUUAUGGUAAACCCAUUGCACAUAAUGGACUGCUGGAAAGUCCUGUUGCCAAAGUCACCAUGCCCUGUACAGUCUGUCCUGCCAAAGGGCUGGAAAAUGGGUGGUGGCGUUGUCUUGUUCUGUGGUAAGGUGAGGGUCAGGCUAGGUGCAGAACAACACAAUGCUAAGUAGGCUCAGGUGGGAUGCAAGCUGAGGUGAGGCAAGGCUCAGUCUGAAAGCAGAGGAAGGCAAGGUGAAGUUCAGGCUGGAUGUGAAUCUCAGACUGUGUUAUAGGAUACCGCUUCAGCAACAAAACCAACUGGUAGCAGCUACAUCCCAGUUGUUAGCCCUGUCUGUACAGCAGAGCUUUCCAAACUUUCCCCUGUUGGUGACACACUUUUUAGACAUGCAUCAUUUUGCAACACAGUAUUCAGGUUUACUAGCAAACCAGAGGUUAAACUAACCCCUUUCCAGCCCUGGGAGGGGCAUGGGGAGCAGUCAUAUGACACACCUACACGCUGCAGCCGACAUUAACAUGUCAUGACACACAUUUUGGAAAGCUCUGCUGUAGAGGAAGGUACUUCUUCAGUUGAAGGGUGCCACCUGCUAUAGUAAUGUCCUGCUGCAAUUAAGCCUUUGGUCUCUCUGGGACUUCAGCAAUGGAGUCCUCUGAGGACAGCAGUGCUUAAUUUUUGGACUGGAGGGGCACCAGCUGCAGACUUUGAUUAGACCCCUCUAGUGCUUACUUUUUUUUUUUUUAAAGAUGCAAGUUUAAACAAUGAAUUGAACAUGAAAUAGUUUGGCCCUGAUUUAGUUCACAGGGACUUUCUUCCAAAUCAGUAUGCCUAUUUUUGCAACUGCAAUCAAAGUCUAAUACUAAAGCAGCCAGCAGUAUCAACAUGCCAAGCUGGAGAUCUCAUGGGGUAGAUGCUCCUGCCUGACCUCGCUUUAGAAUAAGGGUGGCUAACCUGUGACCUGAAUUUGAUCUGCCAAGCUACAGGAAGUUGCCUGCAACUUUUAUCUGAUCAGGAGAUAAAACACCCUGCCUUCUCAUUGGAAAUGACAUUUGGUAAACAUUUUGUUGAAAGUAUUGAUGUUUCCUGUAUUUCUUGUGUUGUUUAAACAGAUGGAAGAACUUGAACUGGAGGAACUUUAUUGUGAAAGUAAUCCAUUGCUUCAGAAACAUCCAGUUAGUGCCAUACAAGAGGAGGACAUUUUGACUCUUAAGGUUACUGGAGAAAACUUUUCAAAAUUAUAGAUAACAAUGGACUAACUUAAGUCCACAGAUUUUAGUGGGUCAUCUCUGGGUAUGACUUAGUUGAAUACCACCCUAUAGUUUAAAAAUGACUUUUUCAGAUUUCAGAGUAAUGAAAUCCUUGUUAUUCAAAGCAUUCUAUAUAAGCAUUCUGUAUUCCAAGAUAAAGUUUUACUUACUAAAAAUGAUCCUUAGUCUGGUGGGCAGAGUUUGAAAUUAAGUUAAUUAAAGUUUCAGGAUUCUGAUAAAUUGUAGUGAUUUCUUGGAAAAUAAUAAUACCGGUAGAUGCUAUGGUGGAAGCCAAUCACUUUCCAACAGUAUUUAAGUACAGAGGAAAAAAAGUUAAUAGUAGCUGUUUCUACCCGUUCCUUUUAAAGAGCACAAACACUGAAUGAACACUGUUUCUGCCCCGUCCUUUUAAAGAGCAAAAUGUUAGUGAAACCUAUGCAACUCUCCAAAGAUUGAAAAAUGAUGAAAUACUUGGGGAAGAUAUUUAAAAUCACAUACAAGAGCACAGUUCUAUAUAACAGCCACAAAAAAGCACUGAAAGGCACAGGACUGUAACAACAGUAUAUUAAUGAGAAGAAGUUUUCAGUAAGGUAGACAAUGUGUAUAUUUCAUGAAGACUUACAAAGAACCAUAUAGUACAAAAGUAAUUGUUACUGCAUUGAAUGAUGCUCUAAGCAGCUGAAAGCAGACCAGCUUCCUGAUAAGGUCUGGUUUUGACUCUUCCCCAGAUGAUAGCACCUCAAAAACAUUUCAAGGCCCUGAGUGUGGCGAGUAUUGGGACAAUGUCUUAGCUUAAUGCCUAGCCAUGUGUCUUGGAGCUCUACUGUGAACUUCUGAACUAACCUGUAGUCUGAUAUGUGUUUGGGCGUUGUAGUGAAUUUUGGAAUAAAGCCUUUAACAAUAACCAAGCUGAGAAUUUGAGCACCACAUCCACAAGUGGGUCUGUGAAAAAAUGUUUCUGUGAAAGGCUGCAAAUGUACUUUAUGGCUAUGUAUAUUUUGUGGCUUCAGCAAACUGCAUCUCAAUUGCUAUAAAUAAAUUUGCUUUUCUCUUACAGUGAGCCAUUUUAUAUUCCCAUAGGAUUCUAUGGCUACUCUUUUUGGUUCUGUUUGAGUUAAUGAUUUUGCAAUGAGUAAUAACUUAAAAGCUAACUUGGUUUUUUAAAGACCUUAACACAAAUCUAAAUUUUAAAGAAAAAACAGAAAUUAUUUCCAAAUUCUAUAAAAUUAACCUCCUUGGGGUGGGGCCUGCAUAUAUCUUUUUGCAAAGAGCUCAGCGAAUCAUUCAUAAUUACAAAAUAAGUAUUUUUUGCUGGAAAAAAAGCAGAAUGGAGCAAUCUGAGCAUUUUCAGGACAUCUUUGACAAAAAGGAUUAGCUAUUUCAGUAUUAAUUUGAGGAUAGAAUUCUCGCUCAAAUUGUAAAAUAACAGAUUAAUUUGGAAGCUUUAAAAUUGAUUGCAUCUUGUAAAUAGUUAUACAAAUAGCACUGAAUUCUUUAACUGGCUGUCUGUGGGUAGAAAAGUCUAGCAUGCUUCGUGAAAUCAAUAAGCACUCUGUCAGGAAAAAGGAACAUGUUCAGAUAGGAAUACAGGGAGCUACCAUCUAGCUCAGUAUUGUCCACACUGGCUGGCAGCAGCUCCCUCCCUCCAAGUUCCAUCAACAGACAAUGAUAGAAAAACGUCCUUCCUGGAGCUAGAUUUGAGUGUGGCACCUGAUCUAUCCUUUACAAUAAAUUCACAGUGCCUCAUGGUUACCGCACGUCUGGGGAUAGAGAGAACAACUCUUUUACCCCUAUCAGGCAGAGCCUUUUGCAAACAGAGCUGUGCAACUUGGGGUAAAAGGCUACAAAGCCCAUCUGGAUAAGAGAUUAUUAAAAUAUGGAGCCAUAUGCUCACAGAGUCUCCUGCUAAGUGUCCGGGGUUAAAAGCAUUCACUUUGAGGUUCUCUUGCAAGUCUUUUGAAUAAUAUAAGCUAUUCUGUCUUUUUAAUCAUACAGGAACUAACAGCAAGAUUUAUUCUUGAUCAACUGGAAAAGAAAAACUUUAAUUUACAUAGGGCGCUAAAGCAGAACUUAAAUGCACAGAAGAUGCUUGCCCAUAAACAAGAAUGUGCUCAGUGCAGACGUGGCUUUCUGGGCAUGUGGCUAGAAUGUGUACAGUUCGUGGAUAUAAGACAGGUAAUUUUUCCUGAAUCAUGUAUUAUUUAAAGCUGGAUUCAUUGCAUAUCCAGACUUUUGCUCGCUUCUGCUUCGGCAUGUUUUCCACAAGCACCUUCAAAAUCUAUUGUUUCUUUUUUGCACGCGUGCAUUAAAAAUUAUUGAGUCCCAGUUAUAAGGAGAAUAUUACUGGUUCAGCAUUUGGUUUCCAUCAGUGGCCAACCAUCUCCUAUCUAAACUAUUUCAGCUUUCUUUGUUUUUUAAUACCACUUCUGCUGUUAUUUAUUCAUUCACUUAUCUCAUCUGUAAUCUCGUGUUUUCUUUGACUGAGUUCCAUUUGUUUAUGUAAUUUGUAUCCCACCCUUCCUUCAGAGACACAUUUCAGCCUCACAAACUCAUGACAGUGGCCCCUGAACCUGAUCUGGCAAUUAGGUGAGACCUAGGAGGUCACCUAGGCAGGGUCAGUGGCCAGUUUAAAUGUGCCACGCAGAACCUGAGGGUUACUUUUCUCAUGCAGCACCCUUCUGCUACAUCUCAAACCAAGAUUUGUCAUUCCAGGUGUUAUACCAAAGCAGCUGCAAAUAAUCGGUUCUUGGUUUGGUGGCUACUCAGAAACCCUGGUUUGUCUGGUGGCAUUGUUUUAGAUAUCAUAAAAACCACAGGUCUGAACCAUCUAUGGCUGUUACCAUAGGGUAUAAAACUCAGUACCUCCUCUUGUGCACAUGCAAAUGUCAGUAGAAAGAUGUCGCCUUAUAUGUGAACCAUAACUUGAUAGCGCCCGCUGGCAGUUCCACUACCAUGGUGAGAGGGUCACUAGGGAUAGGACACACAGAUUACGCCGCCCCCCCCCAAGACUGCUAGAAUUAAUCUCUGGACUAAGGGAGGACAUAAGAUCAUGGAAGCUCAGAAAGAAUCUCUACAUAAAAUAUUAUGUUUCAUAAUAGAAUCAAUAUUUCUCCUGGGUAAGGUCUCUGAAAGGACACUGCAUGAUGCCCUUUCUUGAGGCUUGUGCUGAAGUGGCAAAUCUGACACUGUUUCCUAACACCUCAUCAACAGGGUAUAACAUCUUGAUUUUCAGUUUCACCGUCCUGCUCCUCCAAUUACUAAUUUUGAAUGCCAUCCAGUAAAUUAGCUUUCCCUUGACUCCUGCUGGCCCAUUUCCCCACCAGAUUACAUAGCGCUGGAUUGUUCUUCGCAGAUGUAAAAUUCCUGCUGCCUUUCUAUUUAGAGAUAAAUGUGCGAGGGCAACUAUAGCUCUGACACAAAUGUUAUUAAUUUUAAACAUCAUUUCAGCCAGCUCUUUGUUGUUCAUUUUGUCUGAGCAAAUCUGAAUGUAAGGGUUGACUGUGUUGUGUCAGAGAGGUUCAUGAGGACCCCUACAUCGCUACAAUUUAUAAAAAUGAAUAUGCUCUGUAAAACACGCUAACAGUUAUGCUGUUAUAUUUUCCCCUUUCUUUUUAAAAGCGAAUGAAGACUAGCAGAAACUUGGAGCUCUUACCUGUCAAGGCACUUCUGUGCUCAUACAAAUGCUUUAAUCAGAGCGGCCAUGAACUCUUUGGGAUUGCUGUACCCUAG